AUGGUGAAUAAACUUGGCUAUGCUCAUGGUUAUGCAGUAGAUAGUGCUAGUAUAAUGGAUGAAUACAAUGAUAGAGCAAAUGAUGCAGGCUUGGAGUUACUUGGCAUUAUAAGGAAUGUGCACUAUGUUAGUCACGUGAAUGGCACAGUUUUAAUGACGGCGAUGAGUGCUAGCUCAAAGCCUGAUAUGGCUGCCUACAGCGAUAGUGUCGCUUUCUCUAGCAAGUACGGUAAUCACGUGGCUAUAGGCGGACAUAAUGCUUCUGACUUGAUUAAUAAAAUAUUGGACUACAGUCCAAAUGAUACCAAGGCAAUAGAGAAGAGAGGAGGUUAUUAUAUAGAUUGGGUGCUGUAUAGUUAUGAUAAUGUCAACAGAGGCUUAACACAGGCAUGGUAUGAUACAGACGGUGAGUUUGGUAUAUAUGAGCUGACCGAUGAAGGUCUUAAGAAUAUAGAUAGUAACAUGGGUCAGAAAUUGUGUGCCACUAGUUUCAGUUGUCCUAAAGCUUACGAAAUAUGCUCAGCAUCUACAGCUGAAAACAACAAUGCAUUCCACGGUGAAGUAUACUGGAAUGCUUAUGGAGGUGUUGACGGAUUCUGUAAUCAAAAUAACGACGAUACGUGA